AUGCAAGACGACGACGUAACUUGGAGCAUAAUCAACAAGUCGUUCUGCUCUUACAAGUCUCAAGUAAAAGGCCAAAAGUUCUGUAGAAACGAAUACAACUUAACUGGUCUCUGCAACAGAUCCUCCUGCCCGUUGGCGAACAGUCAAUACGCGACAGUACGUGAGGAAAAUGGGAUAAUAUACUUGUUCAUGAAAACCGCAGAACGGUCUGCGUUCCCCAGGAAAACGUGGGAGAAGAUAAAACUGUCCAGGAACUUCGAGAAAGCCAUACACCAAAUCAACGAAAACCUGCUCUAUUGGUCCGGCUUCAUAAAAUCGAAAUGCAAGCAGAGGUUCGUGAAAAUCACCCAAUAUCUAAUACGAAUGAGGAAAUUGAAGCUGAGGCGGCAGAAACUCAUCGUCCCCAUACAGAACAAGAUAGAGAGAAGGGAGCGAAGAAGGGAAGAAAAGGCACUCGUAGCGGCGAGAAUAGAAAAGGGCGUCGAGAAGACCCUGCUAGACAGACUCAAACAAGGCGUCUACAAAGAUUUGUACAACAUUUCUCCUCAGACCUUCGACGACGCCGAGCAAGAGAAAGAACUGGAAUCCGAGGAGGAAGUCGAACGGGAACUGGAGAUGGAAACCGAUGGACCUGAGUUUGUUGUGGGCGAAUCGGACGAUGAAAGUGAUAGUGGAAAUCUAGAGGAAGUUGACUUGGAUAGCAGUUUCGAAACAUCAGACGAAUCCGACAUAGAAGAGAUAGCGCCUAGUUCUUCGAAGAAAUCAAAGAAAGAUGACAAAUUCGGAUCGGCCAAAAAAGGAGGCAAACCCAGGGUCGAGAUUGAAUACGAAAUGGAAAGGGAAGAUACUACGAGUAAACGGCAAACAAUUAGCUGGUAA